AUGUUAGGGCAGUGUAUGGCCCUCUGGACAUCCACAGCCUCAAAUCUCACCUCCUGGCCCUCCGUCCACCCCUACACAGCUGCAGCAUGCCUGCCCCUCGUCUACCUAACGUACAGCAUUAUCAAAGCAUUCUACUCGCCCCUGUACGCAUUCCCGGGUCCAAUCCUCUGGUCCAUCUCGCGCAUUCCGUCCAACCUUUCUGUCCUUCGCGGCAAAAACCACACCGACAUUCUAGCUCUACAUGAUCGCUACGGACCUGUCGUCCGUAUCGGUCCUAAUGAGCUCGCUUUCAAUACCCCGCAGGCUUUCCGCGAUAUAUACGGUGCCAGAGCGGGUGGUGGUUGCUUUCCCAAAGAUAGAAGUCACUACGAGCCCCCAGCUAAUGGAGUCGAUCAUUUGGUUUGCGCCGUCGAUGAUGCUAGCCAUGGGCGGCAGAGACGGCUUCUUGCGCAUGCUUUUUCUGAGAAGGCGCUGAGAGAUCAGGAGGGUCUUAUUCGCGGCUCAGUUGUUGAUAUCAAGGCAUGGAUGAACUUUACUACAUUUGAUAUCACAGGUGAUUUGAUGUUUGGAGAGUCUUUUGAUUGCUUGAAGGAUAGCCAGUUGCAUCCUUGGAUUGGAUUAAUCUUUAACUCGAUGAAGGCUAUUGCUUUCAUUGGCGUGGUUAAUCAAUUCCCGGCCUUGAAGGGACUUUUGGAUUUGUUUCUUCCGCGGGAAGUCAAGCGUGUUGGAGAAGAGCAUUUCGAGCUCAGCGCUCAGAAGGUCGAUCGUCGUUUGGAGGCUAAUAUCUCCCGUCCAGACUUUAUCUCUGCUAUUUUGCAGAAUGGGCUGAGUGAAGGCAAGGGUCAGUAUCGUGACAGCGAACGCAUAAUGACCAGGGCUGAGAUUCAUUCGAACAGCUUCAUCCUUAUUGUCGCCGGCAGCGAAACAUCUGCAACCCUACUCUCUGGCUGCAUCUACUACCUUUGCACGACACCACGUGUAAUGGACCGACUAACCUCCGAGAUUCGGUCAACCUUCGAACAAGACAGAGACAUGACAUUUCGCGCUCUAGAAGACCUCAGGUACCUAGAAGCCGUGAUCGAAGAAUCCCUACGCAUGUAUCCGCCCUUUGUAACGAGUCUAGCGCGCACCGUACCCGCAGGUGGAGCGCUCGUGAACGGCCAGUUCGUGCCUGGGGGUACAACAGUGGCUUGUCAUCAUUACGCUUCAUACCACUCAGAAUCGAACUUCACUUUUCCCGAUCAAUUCAUUCCUGAGCGAUGGCUAGGCGAUGCGGGUUUUGAGAGAGAUCAGAAAGAUGUCUUGCAGCCGUUUAGUUUAGGACCGCGUGCUUGUCUUGGGAAGCAUCUGGCAAAUUGUGAGAUCCGGCUUGUUCUCUGCAAAUUGCUCUUCAAUUUCGACCUCACUCUCCACUCCGAGAGUAUCAAUUGGCCUGAUCAGAAGGUCUAUUAUCUCUGGGAUAAGCCCCCGCUCAUGGUCUCACUUAGGGAUAGGUUUCAAGAAACCGAAGUUUCGAGUUCGAGGGAGCCGGUGACUUUGUUUUCCGAGUAG